ACCGACCCUACCCCAAAUUAUCAAAUACACUUCAAAAUAGUACAGUAACCAUUAAUUUAACUAGUAGUUAGGACUUCUUCUUCUUAGAGAAGAAAAAGUCUUUCAAGAUGGAAGCUGAAACUGAAGCUGAUGAAGAAACCUCUGGGAAGUUUAACUGAAUAGGACUACUGCCCAUGUACUAGCCACUAGUAGACUUGAAGAGUGAGAUUUCCAAAAAAAAAUUAAGAAUUAAACUUCCAAUCCCUUUGUUUCUGGGUAUUUUCUUGUUGUCCUUUACAUCUACUUUCCUCGUUCCUUUCUCAUUUGUCAGCCUUGUAUCUUAACUUAUUGUCCAAUAUCUUCUACUACUAUGCUUAUAUUAGAUAUUGCUAGGCCUUUAGUGAUUUCUCAAACUCUCCAAAGGCCAAGAAGAUGAGCCAGUUUUCCUUGUUCAGCAGUGGCCAAGAAUUGGCAAACUUGGUGGUGAACUCAGAUCUACUUCAUCAUUCUUGGUUUACAAUCUCUGACCUUAUCAGCCAUACUUAUUUGAAUAAUAAUCAAACUAAUACUUCUCCAAUUUUGUAUAAAGUUUACCCAUAUCAUUCAAAUGGUGCUAUUAUUGCUUUUGUUUCCUCCCCCACCUGUACUGUUCAGAAAGAAAUGGUCUCUUCAGAGGAUCUUAAAGGUUCCCAAGUUCCAUUUGACUUCAUUUCUACCAAACUCAACCCUCAUUUCUCAGUUAACAAAGAAGCAAUAUCCCUUUUUGCCUUACUGCUGAAUGAGCUCUCUGCCCUUAAAGAACAGUUGGGCAGCUUCAGUCCACUAAUAAUCACUGGACUUUCUUUGGGAGGUUCUGUGGCAUCUCUCUUCACUCUCUGGCUACUCGACAACAUUUCUCCAAAGGACAAUAAUAAGCGCCCCACUUGCAUCACUUUUGGUUCACCCCUUCUCGGCGACAGUUGCCUGCAACAGGCCAUAUCAGAACGUCUGUCAUGGAAUUCAAGCUUUUUGCACGUAGUCUCAAACCAAGAUCCGGUCCCCAGAUUUUUAGUUUCACCUGCUAAUAAUGGCUUUGCUGGUUCUAUUCCUCAAUCUUGUAUUUACAAGCCGUUCGGUACAUUUCUGAUGUGCUCAGAUUCAGACUGCUCUUCUUUUGAGGAACCUGAAUCAGUUUUGGAUCUUCUGAUGGUAAUGAACUCAAAUAACCAAAACCAGAACAAUGGAUUCUUGAUCUUCGACUAUGCUCAGAUUCUGGAACGCCUCAAGCAUAGAGUAAUCUGUAAGGGAACUUCUCAGCUGUGUGACUUUAGAGUGAAUCAACUUCAAGCAGGCAUCAAUCUACAGCUAGAAGCAAUUGGAAUUGGUGGACAGCACACAAGCUACAUGAGCUUUCUUAGGAACACAAUGGCGAAAAGAGUGGAAGCAUCUUUCUUAAAGAAGAAGAAUGCCUUUGAUCCUGGCAAGAAGCUAAACAAAAUGAAAGAAGCUAUGGCUUGGCUAGAAUGGUACAAGAAGGUGACCCUAAAUGAAGGAGGCUACUACGAUAGUUUCAAAUUCAGCGGUUCGCGAAGCAGGGAUGAAGUCAAAAGCAGACAAGAAAUUGUCAAGCACCACAGAACCCUCACUAAGUACUGGAAAAUAAUGGUUGCAGAAGUAGAAAAAUUGCCACAAAAAGAGGAGGCAGCUUUUCGUACUCGCUGGCUAUAUGCAGGGACAGCUUAUAGAAGGAUGGUCGAACCACUCGACAUAGCUGAAUACUACAUGAAAUUAGGGAAUAGAGACUAUGUAAAUCUUGGAAGAUCAGAGCACUAUAAACAGUUGGAAAAAUGGAUGAUAGAAGACAAACCGUCUGGAAGUGGUAACAACAAAAGGAAGGCUGCUAGCCUCACCGAGGAUUCUUGCUUUUGGGCAUAUGUGGAGGAAGCUAUUUUAAGUUCCAAAAGAUUGAGAGAAGGCAGUUUAGAAGAGAAGAAAAAUUCAUUGAGGGAUUUGGUUAUUUUUGGGGAAUAUGUAAUGAGUUUGAUAAUGUGCUAUUCAGUAUCCUCUGAGGUUUUCCAGCCUCAGAGUAGCUUCAUGAAGUGGUGGAAAGAAUAUAGGCAAGAUAUUCUAAGCUCCUUGAAUAAUUUGCCGUUGGCCUUUUACAUGGAAAACCAAGAAUACCAAAGUUAUGCUUCGAAUGGUAGUUAGUAGCUAAUACUAACUGAGCAUGACAUAGAGUCACCAGUUGAUCUUGUGGUGUUAACUACUCCAGUUGCAUAACUUACAGAAUUACCAAGUAGAUCUGUGCUCACUCCCUGUAAGCUGUUUAAUUAAUGAAGUUUUAUCUUUAGUACCCAAAAAAAAUGGAUUUACUUUUGGGCUGUAAUCCCGUGCUUUACCAGAGGUUUUAAUUGAUUCCACCAUUAAUUGAAAUUGGGCAAAAAUAUGCAACUUCCACUU